AUGACUGAAGCAUUUGAAGGCUGGAAUCAAUGGCUCGAAGAUCCGUGUUUGUUUUGGCGACCUGGGGAUUAUAACUAUCAGACGCCUAAGCAUGAUCCCAAAAAGGCUAUCUACACACCUGAGCAAGAGCAAGAACGAUUUCAGGAAGAAGUAGAGAAUAGCGAGGGUUUCGACAUCGAUUUCGAUAGCUUCCGUUGCGUUUUCAACUACCAUCGUGCUUACCUGGACGCAAAUGAGUUCGUGGAUGAGCCAGACACCACUGGAGAUUUACUCGUGAGGCUAUCCAAGGAAGCCCUAGAUGGUAGCAAUGCAACAUAUAAGACAGAUUUCGAGUUUGUGAGCGUUGUUAAAGCCAACUUUCACUACUCUGCUGGAUUCAUGUUUCUCAUAACGUUUGAAGUUCGUGAUCCUUAUGAUGGUCUGAUCAAACCAUUCCAAGCAAGGGUGCGCCACCUUAAACAUACCUUCACCGAGCAUGUCUUCUGCAGGCCUAAACCCAACGCCGGAGUGGAAUACUAUGGGACUGCCAAGACAGAUUUUGAGAAAGAUACCAAGAAACAAAGAUUGGAGUAG